UGGCCGGGACGGCAGAGCGAGAGCCGGCGGCCUGAGCAUUCUCUGCAGUCCCACUCCUGGGCCUUUGCGGGCCUCGACGUCCCCAGCGCCCAACUUUUCCAUCCUCCCCCACCCCUCCCCCCGAAACUCCAGCAACAAAGAAAAGUAGUCGGAGAAGGAGCGGCGGCGCCGGGUCUCCCGCCCCUCCUCGUCUAGGAAGGCCGAAUACAGUCAUGGCCACCCAGGUAAUGGGCCAGUCUUCUGGAGGAGGAGGGCUGUUCACGGGCAGUGGCAACAUUGGCAUGGCCUUGCCUAACGACAUGUAUGACUUGCAUGACCUCUCCAAAGCUGAAUUGGCUGCGCCUCAGCUUAUCAUGUUGGCAAAUGUGGCCUUAACUGGGGAAGUAAAUGGCAGCUGCUGUGAUUACCUGGUUGGUGAAGAAAGACAGAUGGCAGAAUUGAUGCCUGUCGGAGAUAACAAUUUUUCAGAUAGUGAUGGAGAAGGACUUGAAGAGUCUCCUGAAAUCAAAGGUGAACCCAGUGGAUUAGAAAAUAUGGAACUGGAAAGUUUGGAACUCAGUGUUGUAGAACCACAGCCUGUGUUUGAGGUAUCCGCUGCCCCAGAAAUUUACAGCUCAAAUAAAGAUCUUCCCCCUGAAACACCUGGAGCGGAGGACAAAUGCAAGAACUUGAAGAGCAAACCUUUUCGCUGUAAGCCAUGCCAGUAUGAAGCCGAAUCUGAAGAGCAGUUUGUGCAUCAUAUCAGAGUUCAUAGUGCCAAGAAAUUUUUUGUGGAAGAAAGUGCAGAGAAGCAAGCAAAAGCCAGAGAAUCUGGGUCUUCCACUGCAGAGGAGGGAGAUUUCUCCAAGGGCCCCAUUCGCUGUGACCGCUGUGGCUAUAACACCAAUCGGUAUGAUCACUAUACUGCUCACCUGAAACACCACACCAGAGCUGGGGAUAAUGAGCGAGUCUACAAGUGCAUCAUUUGCACAUAUACCACAGUAAGCGAAUAUCACUGGAGGAAACACUUAAGAAACCAUUUUCCAAGGAAAGUAUACACAUGUGGAAAAUGCAACUAUUUUUCAGAUAGAAAAAAUAAUUACGUUCAGCAUGUUCGAACUCAUACAGGGGAACGCCCAUAUAAAUGUGAACUCUGUCCUUACUCAAGUUCUCAGAAGACUCAUCUAACUAGACACAUGCGUACUCAUUCAGGUGAGAAGCCAUUUAAAUGCGAUCAGUGCAGUUAUGUGGCCUCUAAUCAGCAUGAAGUAACCCGCCAUGCAAGACAGGUUCAUAAUGGGCCUAAACCUCUUAACUGUCCACAUUGUGACUACAAAACAGCAGAUAGAAGUAACUUCAAAAAACACGUAGAGCUACACGUUAAUCCACGGCAGUUCAAUUGCCCUGCGUGCGACUAUGCGGCUUCCAAGAAGUGUAAUCUUCAGUAUCACUUCAAAUCCAAACAUCCUACUUGUCCUAAUAAAACCAUGGAUGUCUCAAAAGUGAAACUAAAGAAAACCAAAAAACGAGAGGCUGACCUGCCUGAUAACAAUAUUACCAAUGAAAAGAAAGAAACAGAACAGACAAAAAUAAAGGGGGAUGUGGCUGGAAAGAAGAAUGAGAAGCCUGUAAAAAUGGAGAAAAAAGAUAAUGUUUCGAAAGAGAAAAAGUCUUUUAGUAAUGCUUCAACUCAAGUGAUUACCAGAACACGCAAAUCAGCGAUGGAAACUAAAGAAAUGGAUGUGCAUACAGGAAAUAAUUCAGAAACAACCUGUAAAACCAAGAAAAGCAAAAGAAGGAUGGAAGCUGAAGCCCAUUCCUUAAAAGAUACUGUUAAUGAUGAGGAACCUGUGACAAAAAAGAAAAAGAAGGCAGAAGGCAAAUCCAAAAGUAGUCAGGAAGUGCCAAAAUGUGAUAGCAAAGUAGAGGAGACUAAAAAACAAAAUACUUGCAUGAAAAAAAGUACAAAGAAGAAAAGUCUGAAGAACAAGUCAGGUAAAAAAAGCAGCAAGCCUGCUCAGAAGGAGGCUGCUCAGAAGGGGCCUGCUCAGAUGGUGCCUUCUCCUCCCGAGGGGCCUGCUCAGAUGGCCCCUUCUUCUUCCAAGGGGCCAUCUCAGAUGGAGCCUUCUCCAUCUGGGGGGCCCAUUGAGAUGGAGCCUUCUCCUCCCGGGGGGCCGGCUCAGAUGGAGCCUUCUCCUCCCGGGGGGCCUGCUCAGAUGGCCCCUUCCCCUUCCAAGAGGUCUUCUCAGAUGGCACCUUCUCCUUCCAAGGGGUCUUCUCAGAUGGCGCUUUCUCCUUCCAAGGGGUCUUCUCAGAUGGUGCCUUCUUCCAAGGGGUCUUCUCAGAUGACGCCUCCUCCUUCCAAGGGGUCUUCUCAGAUGGUGCCUUCUCCUUCCAAGGGGUCUUUUCAGAUGGUGCCUUCUCCUCCUGGGGGGCAUGCUCAACUAGAGCCACCCCCUGCCAUGGAGUCUGCUCAGAUGGAGGUUGGUCAUGUGGAGCCGCUGCCUCCAAUGGCGCCUGCUCACGUAGGACCUGCUCAGAUGGAGCCACCACCUCCCCCUGGGGGGCCCACUCAGAUGGAGGUUGUUCAGAGGGAGCCUCCUCCUCCCACAGAGCCGCCUCUUCACAUGGAACCAAGUCCCAAAAAGUCUCCUCGGAAAGAUAAUAAAAAGGAAAAGCUCAACAUGCAGAGUGAAGUGGUACGGAAGGAGCAAGUCCUCAUUGAAGUUGGCUUAGUGCCUGUCAAAGACAGCCAGCUUCCGAAGGAGAGUGCAGGUACGCGGGAUCUCUCUGUACCAUCACCACCGCCGCCAAAGGAAAGCUUAAAAGAAGAGGAGUCAAAAGACCAAAAAUCAUUCACUGAAGGUGAAGGAAGUAAAGAAGCCCCUCUUCAAAAGGUAGAAGAGGCAGGGAAGAGUCUAGGUGGUCUUGCUGCUAUUAACAAGGAAUCUGCCAAUAUUUUAUCCUCUCAGCAAAACUUGACUGUGGCAGAGGGUGAAAUGUUAGAUGAUAAGUGUCCGGAUGACACUGAGCUUCGUGAAAUGGAAAUAGACACCGAUGAGAACAAAACAGAGGACCCCCCUGGCAAUGAGCCAGCAGUUGAAGAACCUGUUUCACCAGUGCUGCUUCCCCUGCCAAUAGAAAAUCACGAAGCAGUGUCCAAAACUGCUGUGACAUCACCUUCUGUCACCAUGGCAGUAAAUGAGUCUCAGGAAAUGGAUGAAGACGAAGGCAUCCAUAGUCACGAUGGAAGUGAUCUAAGUGACAACAUGUCAGAGGGUAGCGAUGACUCUGGAUUAAAUGGGGCCCGGCCAGUGCCACAAGAAACCAGCAGGAAAAAUGCAAAGGAAGCCUUGGCAGUCAAAGUGGCUGAGGGAGAUUUUGUUUGUAUCUUCUGUGAUCGUUCUUUUAGAAAGGAAAAAGAUUACAGCAAGCACCUCAAUCGCCAUUUGGUUAAUGUCUACUUCCUUGAAAAAGCAGCUAAAGGGCAGGAGUAAUUUAGGAUAAGGCUUCACUUCUUAGUUUAUAAGAUCUAUUACAUUUAAUAUUCAUUUGUAGUUGUAGACAACCUUUUAUUUUUUUUAAAUUGCUUUAAUUAGUGUCCGAUGUUGAUUUUUAAGUGGCACUGUUUUCCUUAGGACUCUAUAUACCUAUUGAUGGAUAAAUUUUAGCAAAUCCAAGGAAGGUAGUGUACUAAACCAGCAGACACCUAAAUCUGUUAGUUUAUACAUUUAAUUGAAAUGAGAAGGCCAAGGUGGUAUUGUAGCAUUCUGUUGCUUUGUCUGGCUGUAACUUGUCACUUUUCUUGCCAUGUCUGUCUUCUUGUUUCACUUUAGAUUUUUUUCUUAGUUCUCUGUUUAGUUCUAUAAAAAUUGGCAUACUUAAAUAGCAAAUUACUUGAAGAAUUUGCCUGCUUUAUAUAAAGUUAGCACUUUAAAAUUUUUUUAGAGAUGAGGAGAGACAUUUAAAUUGAAGAAAAAUUUUCCCAACAGUGGACAUUGUAUCAGUCCAGGUAUUUACUUCCUGAGUUUUGAUCAAUAUUUCUUAUUUGUAUAUGUUAAUCAUCAUAAAAACAAUUGAUUUUGGUGUGGUUUUUUUUGUUGUUGGUUUUGGGUUUUUUAUU